AAAGUUGAUAUUGUGGCUGAUUGUGGUAGGCGAUGGAUCAGGGUUAAUACCAUCACAAAUCCAAGAAUUUUGGCUGAAUUCUGUGAAAUCCACUCUUAUUUAACGGAUGAAGAAUCAUCAUUGGGAAAAAGAUUUUCGGCCGAGCUUAGUUCAAGAAGAAUUGGACAAUUCGGUCUUGUGGAUGGGCAGAUUGCUUGUAUCUGCAGCGAAGAUGAAUCUGGUUCAUUUGCCGGUCCCACUCUCAUCCUUCUUUUGAAGGAAUAAUUCCAUGGAUCACUCUCUGCCUUACACGUUUGAAAUACAGACCCUUGUAUUGCGCAGACUAUUCAACCAAGCACUAUUCCUCAUCCAUCUUCUCUCAUAAUUGAGCCCACUACUAGAAUCAACCUCGACUUAUCCGUUCUCAUGGCUCUCGUUUCUGAUCUGACCCACGCUCCACUCCCAACUACCAUCAAUGAGGCAAAUAGUCAGUUCAUUCCUCCCGAGCGAUAUCUCGAAUGGAAGAGGAAAGUCGAUGCGACCAAGGCCAAGGCAAAGAAAGCGCUUGACCCUGACUUUCAUGAUGAAAGUUUUCGAGUCAUCGCUCCCUGCGUAGGAGGAUUUGGCCAAGACCUCCCGUGCUUCAACGAAUCAGGUUCUAUAAGA